AUGGGCUCGCACAUGUCCACCCCAGCGGCGCGGCCGGUCCAAGAAUGGGAGGCACCCACCAUCACCAUCUCCUUCCAAGACUCGCCGUCUUUCGCCGCAUAUGAAUGGGAAAUCCCCGACCACGCCCGGGGGUUCCCGCCGCUCCCCAGCGGCGUGACCUCGCUCCAUGUCGCGGCGGACGCGGUGUACAGGACGUAUGUCGGUGAUCGGCGGCGCCUGCGGUGUUCCGUCGAGCACGUGCGCGGCUGGGGCCGGAAGCCGUCCAACGAGGCCGAGGCGCUGUAUGUCCACGCGCGGAGCACCACGACCGACGACGGGUUCUUCCUCCGGCUGCUCCCGAAUGCCGAGCAUUCCACCCAGGACCGCGCGCUGGAGAGCUUCAGCAGGUACGAGAAGCUCGUCGCCGACGCCGCCGGGGUGUUGGUCCCGCGGCAUCACGGGAUCUGGAUCAUGGACACCGGGAAGUGGGCGGGGAUCGUCCUGUUCAGCGUGCUCCAGUGGUGUGGUGUCCCGUUCACAGACUUUGUUCGGGCCCGGGCAGACACCGAGUCGAUCAGGGUCCGCGUUGGCCGUGUGUUUGAGCUGCUGCACGACUUUGGCGUCGUCCACCGCGGCACGGACGAUCUCCUCGAGAAAGUCAUAUUCGACAUGCCGCACUACGAGGCCACCCAGGUCCUCAGAUGCUACAUCGUGGACUUCUCGGAGGCGGAGGCAGGCCACGUCUGCGCGCGCCGGCUCCCAGCCGUCCCGCUCGGGGCAUUCGUCCCGUCAAGAACCUUUGGCUGCCGCGAGAUGGCUGGACUGACGUGCUGUCUGGACUUCAACGCGCAUCCAGAUACUAACGAGGAUGUGCCGCCCUACCAUUACCCCAGCAGAAUUGCGUCUUGA